UAUAGGCCUAUGGGUUUCAUUUUUUAUCGAGUUUUUCGGUAUAAAGCGGAAGUGAUUUUAUUGUUUGUUUGUUUCAUGGAAAGUUUUUUUUUUCUCCUGCUGUCUAGCGAAAGUUUCACUGAAGUGACGAAAUUAAAUAGGAAGGAAAAUAUACGUCCCAACGUUGACCGAUGAAGGGUAAGAUAAUAUGAAUCACUUUCGUGGCAUCGCCGUUUUUUCCUGGUUAAUGGGCCUUAUUUAAGGUGACAGCAGGCCACAGAACGUCAGAAACAUAGUUCCUACUGAUCCGAUUUGUUCUCUUCAAAGGCUCAACAUUUUCAUACCACAAUCAUGAUUCGGUCAUACAGUCUAUUAGUUGUGAUGCUAAUAGUUCACUAUGGUUCGUCAGCUCCUGCCCCUCAGUCCAGUUCAACAAGUAACGUCGGCUCGGGACUCACAAAUUUGAAUUCGAAUUUACUGGGUUCCAGCACCAAUCCAGGCCUGUUGAACGGCGGUUUAGGCACUGGACUCGGUUUCAACGGACUUAAUUCCUUUGGUGGCUUUGGAGGACUCGGAAGUGGGGGCUUCGGGAACGGAAUCGGUGGCUUCGGGACCGGAAUCGGGGGCUUUGGGAACGGAAUCGGGGGCUUCGGGAACGGACUUGGCGGCUUCGGGAACGGAAUCGGGAGUUUCGGGACCGGAAUCGGUGGUUUCGGAAACGGAAUCGGGGGCUUCGGGAACGGACUUGGGGGCUUCGGGAACGGACUUGGGGGCUUCAACGGACUCGGAGGAGGUGGAUUCAACGGACUGAACUCUUUCGGAGGCCUUGGAGGAGGUCUUGGAUCCGGUUUGGGCUUUGGAGGACUCGGUGGAGGUUUAAACGGACUGAAUUCUUUCAAUGGCCUUGGAGGUUUUGGUGGCAUUGGUACGGGACUCGGAGGAGGUCUUGGAAAUUUCGGAACAGGACUCGGAGGAGGACUCGGUGGAUUUGGAACGGGACUCGGAGGAGGUCUUGGUGGCUUUGGCACCGGAAUCGGGGGACUGAACGGAUUGGGACUUGGCAAUAGUGGACUCCUUGGAGGUGGUCUAGGAGGUUUUGGUUCUCUCGGUGGAUUUGGUGGAAACGGUUUGUUAGGAACUGGAAGUCUCAUCAAUAGCGGCCUCCUUGGUACAACUGGUUUAACCAAUGGACUGGGAACCGUUGGCUCAAAUUUCGGUCUAGGCAGCGGUCUCGGAUUGGGAUCCAGCUUCGGGACUGGUUUCGGCUUGGGAAACCUUGGUGGUGGCAGUUUUAGAAGCCUACCCGACCUCAAGUAGAUCGUUACAAGAGUCGAAUGUCCCCUUUAUUAAAUACGAUGGUUGGAGGAUCUUCUCUGACUUCAUCUGAUCAACACGUCAACAAUCUAGUAAAUCGCAUCCGAGCAAUCCAGCAAGAAUUCGCGGCAAAUCCUUCAUCAUCUUCAUCCAGAUCAAUAUCUUCUUUUGGCGAUUUCCGGUCCUUUGAUCCUACCAACGACAAGGAUGUCUAACAAACCGUAAACUCCUAUAACUCUUUAUGUGCUAAUUUGUAAAAAAAAAAAAAUGAUGGCCAUCCUUGUUAUAUCGAAUGGUAGGCAAUUUCUUUCCUGUUACGCCCUCUUACAUGUUACAUGUAUACGAAAACUUGUAGUCCAUUGGUUAAAAAUAAAUUGUGUUUCUGGCUCCUAGUUACUUGACGCUCUUUACAUGGAAAACUAGCUUUUGAGUUUCAUUCCUUGGUUUUAAUAUAAUUGUUGCUUUUCAUAUUUUUAUUCGUAUUCCACUUCCCCCAUGCAAAUACAAUAUUGACCGUUAGAUGGCUAUUUUGCAGACGAAUUUCACGUGUCCUUGUUGAAUGUUUGCUAAUCUAACGUAAGUUAAUGUUGUCCCAACAGAACAUAAAAUUGUGCAUUGAAUUAUAAAUUUGACGAUUUUUUAUUCGAUUGUACCAAAUGGAUGAUGUAUUUCUGAGUGAAGUGGACCUCGACGGUCAUGAAGAAUGGGAUACAGUAGGUGGAAGUACAGUCGGUACCGUCUCUUAUAUGCCUACCAAUUCAGAGAAUGAAAUUGAUAUUCUUGCUGUGCAAAUGGACAUUACUUCACCACUGUCAACCCUGAAAGCAAUUCUUGGACAUAGACUUGGAGCUGAUUUUUCACAUUGUGAAAUUUGGCUACAAGAUGUUGUGCAGCUUACUGAUGAAACAACCCUAUCUGAACAGUGUAUUCAAGGAGAAGGAUUGGUUCAAGUCAACUUAGAGUUGAAAUCAGUACAAAAUAUUGACAGAAUCAAUAUUAUUGAUGUGUUAAAGCCACAGCAAGAUGAAGAUAUCAAUCUUAAUGAACAAGAAAUCAUGGAAGGCAUUAAAGACCCAGAGGAGAUUGAAGUUCCAGUGCCAGACCCUGUUCUUGAAGAAGUCUCAAAUGUUGCAUUACAAGCAGUGACAUAUCAAGUUGAUGAGUCUAAAAACAGUGAAGUACCAGCAACACCUGGCACUAUUGUUCAACAUUCAGUUGCUAACUCUUUAGCAACAUCACCUAUCAAAACUUCAAACACAAAUAGAAUAUCGUGUAAAAUGCCUACCCCUCAAAAUGAAAAUAUAACAAGAUGGGUGAUGGAUGGAAAUUUUAGAAAAGAGCAAGAGAGGCUGAAAAUUCCUUUAGAUCCUAUUUUGUGGUCCAAAGCACAUAUUCAACAUUGGAUACGAUGGGCAAUUAAUCAGUUUAAUCUAAAGGGUGUGAAUCCUACUCAAUGGGCUUUUGUUGAUGGACCAUCAUUAUGUAAUAUGACUCACACAGAGUUUAUUCAGAGAAUACCAAAAAAUCCUUCAUCAAAAGAUCCAAACCAUGAUCUAUUCUGGACCCAUCUCGAACUACUACGAAAAUGCAAAUUUGUCGGGGUGAUUCAAAAACCAGUGCCUUAUCUUCAGUAUAUCACAACUCCAUUGACAGUUAAAUCUGAUACUUCCAGAAUGCCAAGACCGCCUGUUAAAGUUGUUACUCCAGCAAAAAGGAUUCCCCUUGAAACAUUUUCCUCGCGUUCGUUCUCGAUUGCUAACUCAGGAAACCGAACAGGCAGCAAUGGCCAGGUACAACUCUGGCAGUUUCUCCUUGAGCUGUUGACCGAUGUGAAUUUCCGGGAUGCUAUUUCUUGGCUUGGGACAGGAGGAGAAUUCAAAUUAAAUAACCCCGAAAUGGUGGCUCAACUAUGGGGAGAAAGGAAAAACAAACCACACAUGAACUAUGAGAAACUCAGUCGAGCCCUGAGGUAUUAUUAUGAUGGCGAUAUGAUUUGCAAAGUAAGCGGUAAACGAUUUGUGUAUAAAUUUGUUUGUGACCUCAAACAACUGUUGGGCUAUUCGGCUGAUGAACUUAAUAAGCUUGUAACAGAGUGUGAGCAACGAUCCAAAAUGAGACGGGCAAGUUCGUCAUACGUGUAAAUACAAAACGUAUUUGUUUAAA